AUGGGAAAGUGUGUCUUUGUUACUGUAGGUACAACUCGAUUUGAUCAAUUAAUUGAGACUAUUGUUCAGGAUUCAAAUGUACUUCAGGCACUUGUUGAUUGUUUACAUAUUGAUAAACUAAUUUUACAAAUAGGUAAUAGUCAAAUGCCAUCGCAUGAUAAUAUUUCAAUUCCUAUUGAAUAUUAUAAAUAUAAAGAUUCCAUUGAAAAUGAUAUCCAACAAGCUGAUCUUGUUAUUAGUCAUGCUGGUGCAGGUACAAUUUUACAAACACUUGAAGCUCAUAAACCAUUAUUAGUUGUUGUUAAUGAAAAACUUAUGAAUAAUCAUCAAUUAGAAAUAGCUCACGAAAUGGAAAAACAAGGUUAUUUAUUUCAUUGUACUUGUUCAACAUUAGCAACAACAUUAAGAAAAUUUGUUAAUCAUAAAUUUAAACAAUAUGAAAAAGGCAAUCCAUUAUUGUUUGGUCAAUAUUUAAAUGAAAUUAUGUCUUAA